AUGUCGUCGUCGUUGGCGAUCGGCACGUCGUUUAUCAUCACGAAAAAGGGCCUUAUGGAUACUUCUUCCAAGUCAGGAACAGACAACUCCCAGAGCCACCAGUACUUGCAGAACCCGAUCUGGUGGGCGGGUAUCAUCACGAUGGCGGUGGGAGAAAUAGCGAAUUUCGCUGCUUAUACGUUUGCACCAGCCAUUUUGGUCACGCCGUUGGGUGCUCUUUCCGUGAUUAUAGGUGCCGUGUUGGCAGCCAUCUUCUUGAAGGAGGAGUUGGGCGUGUUGGGCAGAAUGGGCUGUGCUAUUUGUCUUAUGGGCUCGGUGAUUAUCGUGUUGCAUGCUCCUCCGGAUAAGGAGAUUGAAACCGUGGACGAGAUCUUGAACUAUGCUACCCUGGCGGGCUUUUUGUUCUACUCGUUCCUUGUCACGGUUUACUCUUUGUUCACCAUUUACAAGAUUGUGCCUAAAUAUGGUCACACCAACCCAAUGAUUUACAUUUCGAUCUGUUCGAGUGUGGGUUCGAUUUCCGUCAUGUCAAUUAAGGCCUUUGGUAUUGCUCUUAAGUUGACUUUUGCAGGCAACAACCAGUUCACCCACAUGUCCACGUACGUUUUCAUUACCGUCGUGGUCGUUUGCAUUCUCACCCAGAUGAACUAUUUCAACAAGGCCCUCGACCAGUUCGACACCUCCAUUGUCAACCCUCUCUACUAUGUGACGUUCACCACGUGCACGCUUGUGGCUUCUUUCAUCUUGUUCAAGGGCUUCAACACUACAUCUGCCGUGAAUGUAAUCUCGCUCUUGAUUGGAUUCUUGGUCAUUUUCUCGGGUGUCUACUUGCUCAAUAUCGCUAGAAAAGAAGAUAAUGGCUUCGACAAGGAGAUCUUUGGCGUGCACAACGGCAAGGACAUUGGACCUAUGGACAACGGCGUGGGCGGAUUCUCGUCCAUGCGUAGGUCAAUGCAAAUGAACCGUGGCGAAUACGAUACCGAAGAGACCCUUGGCUUACGUCGUUUCGACUCGUUUGAGUUGGGCUCAGACGAAGACAUUGACGCUCACCAAAGACGCUAG